GUUGCCAGCGCGUUCCCGAUCCCGGCGUCUGCUGGACUUAUGUUUGAUCCGAUCGGCGCAUAUUCAAUGGGCGGGUCUUCGGGCGCCACGAACCUGAAGCCGGUCAAGGCCGAUCCGCUCCGACCCAACAGCGGAAUCACGCUUUUGCGCGAGGUCUUUGACGGCUACCUUCCUGACGGCGGCCUGCUGAAGUGGUACGAGCAGCAUCUGGCGGACGACUUCCAGGCGGUGUUUGAGGGCGGCAAGGUGAAGCUCGACAAGCAGGCGUACCUCGCCGUGACGGCCGACCUGCUCAAGUCCUUCCCAGACUUCACGUACACCCGCAGCGGCCCGAUCGCGUACGCAGACAGCCCAAACAUCGUCGUCUGGACCGCCGUCGUCAAGGGCACCCACUCGGGCGCACCGUACUCGCCGCUGCCAGGCGUGCCGCCCGUCUCGGCGAAGAGCCCUCCCGUCGCGUGUCGCAACGACCCCGAGAAGAUCACGCUCAACUUUGCCUCGGGCAGCGGGCUGCAGACCAUCUCGAGGAUCACCGUCGAGCAGAAGCUCAGCGGCGGCGGCGGCUACUCCGGGCCCGUCGGCUUCUACUUGCAGGCUGGCGGCGACGCAUCCAAGGUGCCGCAAUGAGAGAGAUACCGCGUGCAGCCGAGGGCAUUUUCUGCGCGCUCAAAACUAGGCAUUUUCU